CUGGACUGCAUUGGUUUGUUUGAUUCAUAAUUAAAAACAGUAUUGAAAUAAUGCCAAGGCCUUCACGCGAGUCCUACGGUGAUCAGAAACCUCCGUAUUCAUACAUAUCGCUGACAGCAAUGGCUAUUUGGAGCUCACCGGACAAAAUGCUUCCUUUAAGCGAUAUAUAUAAAUUUAUAACCGACAGAUUUCCAUACUAUCGAAAAAAUACCCAACGCUGGCAAAACUCACUGAGGCAUAAUUUAAGUUUCAACGAUUGCUUUAUUAAAGUCCCGCGACUACCAGACAGACCUGGAAAGGGCGCCUAUUGGGCUCUACACCCACAAGCAUUUGAUAUGUUUGAAAAUGGUAGCUUGCUGCGGCGAAGAAAACGCUUUAAGCUGCACAAGAAUGAUAAAAAUUUACUCAAUGAAGAAUUGACUGCACUGGCUAAUAUCAAUCGAUUUUUCUUUACCGCACGUUCCGGAAACACCAUACCACAAGUGCCGACUUUGGACAUAAAUAGUGCAACUAUGAAUAUGGAGUCCACCACGGGUUUGGUACAGUCUCCAAUUAGUUUAUCAUCAACUAUGGCACAGCAUUGCUCAUUGUCGCAUGGACAUAGUGCUUCGUUACCACAAGGCAGACAUAUUUCUUUAGCUAGCGGUGAAAACACAAAUUUGACCGAAGUUACAUUGCGCAAUCUACGCUCGUCAACAAAUCUUGAUAUGGAGGGAAUCAGUAGUUAUCGACCGAAACGGUCUUUUACAAUAGAAAGUCUAAUUACCCCCGAUAAGCCAGAGCAAAUAUCCGAGGAGGAAGAGGAUGACGACGAUCGCGCUGAUAUAGAUGUGGUGGAGUGCGAAAAUCCGCACAGUAAAAUAGCUGAUUACCCACGAAGAUCAUCCGCUGAAUACCGGCCAACAACUAUCUCUACUCGUACCGAAGAUCAACGCCAACGCCCACUACCUCCUCUGCACACAAUAACAGCUUCUGCACAUUUACCUUUUAUUCAUUAUGCUGCUGGUGUCAACGUGCCUGGCCUGAAUUCCAGCAGCAUCCAGUCGUCAGGAGUUCCCACAAUGACUUAUGAUUUGGCUAUGGCUCAUCCGCUAUUGAUGAUGUCAGCACCAAUCGGAAAUCGUGGAUCGGAAGCUCAAAAUAGAAUAAGCGCCGGUAUGCGAACAAUAUAAAAGUUAUUUCCUAGUUAUAACUAUGUAUGUACAUGAGUAAAAAAAUCUGAGCAACCACUCUUUUGUGUAAAUUAUCAUAGUUCCUUUAAUAAUACCAAUUACAUAAUAACUAGAUAAUAAUAUAAGUUUAA